AUGGACUCACUCACCGCAGCCUUCGACGCCUCACGCAUUAAGUUGCUCAAAUCCCACGAACUGAACGCCGAAGCCUUGAAGCAACUGGAAGACUGCCGCAAAGCCGUGGAAACCAUGGAGCAGCUUGAGGUUUGCCGCAAAUCCGUCGAAAAGAACACGAAGGGCAAUGAGAUAAUGAGCGUUCUGGCGGGAAGUGGAGUGCUCGAAACGAUGUCCCACCUAGCUAUUGCUGGCAUCGAGAAGGCGAGGUUCAUGCUCCAAGACGGCGACUUCCACACCAUGUGCACCGCAGCCGCCAACGCCAUCGCCUCCCGGACCUGCAAGGAGCAUCGUGUGCGCGCUGACGUGGAGGGACACCUGGCUGUUAUGGAGAAGCUCGCAGGAUCGGUGGCGUACAAGUUGCGCGGCAAGGCAUUCAAGUACAGUCGUACGGUUGCAGAGCUGUGCAGGCUUCCGGUGGAUGAGUGUAGCUCACGCUUUGCGUGGCCGGAUUGGAAGGACGGGUACUUGUUCUGGCUCAAGGCUGAAGCUGAAGCUGGGACUUUGGUGGCGAUGGAUCGUGAGGAGCGGAAGAAGUACUUCGAGAAGAUGUUGAGCACGGCGGGCGGCGAUGGGACCAAGUAUGUGUCUGCAGAGAGAUCGUGA